AUGUCUUCGACAGGCAUCUCAACAUCAUCAACAUCAUCAUCAUCGUCAUCAUCAUCAUCAUUAGACCAAAGUAUAAGGAUCAAAUGUAUAUUAGGAGGCGAAUGUAGGAUUAUAAAGGUCAACGCUAGUAUUGCGUAUGAGAGACUGUUGGAACAGUUGGAGAAUGACUUUGGCCUACCAGUUGUAAUUUAUCAAUAUGAAGACAAUGAGGGCGACACGAUAAGUGUACGCGGACGCGAAGAUCUGCUAGAAGCCUUCAACAUGUGCAAUGAGCUACGCUUGCACCAUAACCCCAACCAGCCAACGAGGCUGUUCAAGUUCUUUCUCAAGCCUAUGAAUGCCGGAUCACUCCGCGACACACAACAGCUACAACAACAGCAGCAGCAACAGCAACAUCGCGACUCACAGAUUAAUACAAGCUUCCAUUCGAAUGCUGCGUCGUCGGCAGCUUCGUCGCCAAUGACUACAGGCAUCAACAUGAGCAACAGUAGCAUAGGACACAUUCAUGGCAAUGGCAGUAAUAAUGUGACACCAAGCUCGUCAUCAUCGUCGUUGAUCAUUCAACCGCGCAAGGGCUCGAACGCGCCACCACUGCGCACACCACCUCCCUCGCCACCCGGUUCGCCGCUCUCCUUUGUGUACGGCUCGCCGAUCACCAGCUACUCGCCCCCACACUCCUCCAUCCUAUCGAGCUUUAGCGGCGGCGGCAGCGGCAACAACAUCAACAACACCAGUACCAACAGUACAAAGGACUUGACACCGCCGUUGCGCACUCCGCCUGGCUCGCCAAAGUACCCGCCCCCUCUUCGCACGCCACCGCCCUCGCCUCCCCCUGGCGGUUCACCAAACUCUGGCUCAUUCAUGCGCGUGCACCGUCCCUCCAUUGGCAAUCACGAUGACUUCAUCUUGGAUGACGAGCCAGACGACCCGCUCGACCUGGGCACCAUCCACAACCAGUUGACAUUUUCACAGCCGCUGCCCAUGCAGCCGCAUCAUCAGCAGCAUCAGCAGCAACAGCAGCAUUUCGGAAUAUAUAGCAAUCAGAACAACAACAAUGGAGGCGGUCACGCCAUGUCCAACUCGAGUGGUGGAAUCAUCAAUCCUUUCCGUCCACGCAGCGAGAGUGGCGGACGAGUGUUGGCUCGACCAUCAUCACCCCAAGUGAUGAUGAUGAAUGGUGGCAUCAUAGGCAACACAAGUAUCAAUAGUAACAAUAGCAACAACAGUAGUAAUAAUACAAGUAACAACAACAAUCAUAAUAAUUACAAUAGCGGUGGCGGCAGCGGCAACACGAGUGGCGGCAGCGGCAACAACAUGAACAACAGUCCAAACACAAACAGAGGAAGUGCCGACAUGACAAAGUUCAACAACUUCCCAACAUUGAUCAUUAAUGAGCAUGAGGAGCUCGUCAAUCUACAGCCCAUCCGAUGGAAGAAGGGACAACUUCUUGGCCGAGGUGGCUACGGUGCUGUCUACCUCGGUCUAAACUGCGACACUGGCGAGCUUGUUGCCGUCAAGCAGCUCGAACUAGUCGACGUCAUUGAUGCCAAGUACAAAUCAAUGCUGCUAUCAUUCAGCAAGGACAUUGAGGUACUGCGACUACUUAAACAUGAUAACAUUGUUAGAUAUCUUGGAACAUGCUUGGACAGCACUCAUUUGAAUGUGUUCCUGGAGUAUAUACCGGGCGGAUCGAUCAGUUCGCUGCUGGGCAAGUUUGGCCCGUUCUCCGAGAGCAUCAUCAAGCUGUACACCAAACAGAUACUGCAAGGUCUGCAAUACCUUCACAGCAACCAGAUCAUACACAGGGAUAUCAAGGGCGCGAACAUUCUCAUUGACACCAAGGGCUCUGUCAAGCUCACCGACUUUGGCUGCUCAAAGAUGUUCAGCGGCAUCGUGUCGCAGUUCAAAUCAAUGCAUGGCACGCCCUACUGGAUGGCGCCCGAGGUCAUCAAGCAGACCGGACACGGCCGCUCCUCCGAUAUUUGGAGUCUGGGCUGUGUGAUCAUUGAGAUGGCCACGGCCGCGCCACCUUGGUCCAACAUCACCGAGAUGGCAGCCGUCAUGUACCACAUCGCGUCCACCAGCGCCAUGCCCAACUUCCCCAACACCAUGUCGCCAGAGGCAAUCGACUUUUUGACAUUGUGCUUUAAGCGCGAUCCAAAGGAACGACCUGACGCUGGCGCGCUACUCAAGCACCCAUUCCUGUCCAACAUCAUCGAUGCGCAGGAGCUACCCGUGCCCGUGCCCACACCGCCCAAGUACCGCUUCUCAUUGACCACUUCACCACUUCAAUCACCAAACGCUACGUCCACCACGCCGACUACAGUGGUGGCGACUGCAGCACCAGCGACAAUGAGCUCACUUCCGCGAUCAUUAAUGAUACUCAUCUUCAGUUGUCUGUCGCCAGCAUCCACAGCGGCAGCAUCAUCCGUUUGCAAGGCAUGGAAGAAUAUCUUUGACGACGAUGACCUCUGGAGCAGGUUCUGCAAUCAUCGCGGAAUGAACAAGAUAUCCAAAGACCAGUCGUGGAAGGCAUCCUACAUUCACAUCAAAGCCAAACAAAGGACAUGGUUCGAGUCAAAGAUCAAUCAGAGCACGCUAAAGGGCCACUCCAAGUGUAUAUACAGUGUUAAGCUGGUUGGAGACUCAUUCGUGAUGAGUGGCGGCGAGGACAAGAAGUUGAAGAUGUGGGAUAUCAAGAAAGCCAAGCAUCUCUAUUCGCUAAAGGGCCACACGGGCAUCGUGCAAGCCGUGGACAAUUGUAACGACUUGUCACGUCUCUUCACGGCCUCCUCGGACUUUAGCGCCAAGGUGUGGAGCACCAAGACGAAAAAGGCGACGCGCACAUACACUGGCCACAAGGAGGCAGUGACAUCGAUCAACUUCUUGGGCGACGUCGAGGGCAAGGUGCUCACAAGUUCACUGGACAACACGCUGCAUAUAUGGGACGCCGAGACUGGCUCGACGCUGUCCACACUGCUGGGCCACACCAAUGGCAUCUACAGCGUGCGCUACGACCGCGACAGCUGUGGCAACAACACAUUGUUCAACAACACGGUGGUCAGCGCAUCGGCCGACUGCACGGCGCGCGUAUGGGACACUCGGACAUCGACAUGCGUGCGAGUGUUCUCGGCAGACGACGACGUCACCAGCGUCUACGUCGUGGGUGGCCAGGCGGUGACGGGGUGCGGCAACGGCACAGUCAAGCUGUGGGACAUUGGCACGGGCCGCACGAUCAACACGUUCAUCCCGCAAGAGACGCAGCAGAAGCAAUGGGUGUGGAGCGUCCAGUUCGACCCGUACAAGAUCAUCUCGUCGGGCAAGAGCGGAGUGAUCCGCAUCUGGGACCCGUACAACAAUCAGACCUGCAGGACAAUGGGUGGACAUCACGAGACCAUCUUCUCAUUGCACUUUAAGGACAACAAGUUGGCAACGUCGUCCAAGGACAAACUUGUAAAGAUUUGGUCGAUUGAUGAUCUGGCCUCGUCAUCAUCUUCGACGUCCAAUGGUGGAAACAAUCCAAUCAGCAGCUCUUCAUCAUUGUCAUCGUCUGGAUUGAUGGCGCCGCCGCCACAAUCACCUCCUCCAACUGCGCUAUCAUCAUCAUCAACGACCACCUCGCCAACCAGUCCUUCGGCACCCGCGUCUCAUCACCAUCAUCACAGUGCAUUCCCAUUCUUAAGCCGACAGUCAUCAUCAGCAAAGCUCCACUGA